GACGACACUUUCGUUCCCCUUUUCUUCUUCUUUGUCGCCUUGUUCUUGUCAAACGCGCCCGGGUCUCGCUUCUUCCUUCCGCUGCAACAUCCCCUCGCUCGCUUCAUCAGACAUACUGUUAGAGUUUAUAUACUUCUCGGAAAAGCGCCAUGUUGUCGCAGCAAGGACGGUUGCAUGGCUACCUGAUGCUCGCCCAGCUCGCCUUUGCAGGGUUUGAGAUUCUGUCGCGCAUCGCACUCGCUACUGGCACGCAUCCACUGGCUUUCACAUUUUAUCGCAACUGCGUUGCAUCACUGGUACUUGGAGUGGUAGCAGCCUGGACAGAGAGCGAGCACAAGCGGCCACAGCUUGGGACCCUGCUCUACUUGUUUGGACUGGGAUUCCUCGGCGUCACCGUUAAUCAAGUCUGCUACUUGGCAGGGCUCAAGUACACAUCGGCCAUCUUCGCCUCGGCCAUGCGAAACUCGACUCCAGUCUUCACUUUCGUCAUAGCCGCUCUGUGGAGGCUGGAGAAAGUUGAUCUAAAGAGACGAGAUGGACAGCUCAAAAUUUUUGGUUCUUUGCUGGGACUGUGUGGCUCGCUUAUUCUCUCCAUCUAUAGGGGACCCGUUGUCAUCAAGAGCAAUAUCUCCAUCUCUUCAACUGCAGGGACCACUAGGUCACAUAUCAAGGCCGACGCCAGGAAAACUCUUCACUUGCUGUGGUUUAGCGUCUCCAUGCUAUCCUGGCAGAUCGGAGCGUUCUUCUUGACACUUGCUUGCAUCGCCUUUGGAGGCUUUCUCAUUCUCCAGGCGCCAGUGCUGGACAGGUAUCCAUCCCCGGUUUCGUUUGCAGCGUUUACAUGCCUCUCAAGUGUGAUCCAGACGCCAUUACUGGGAGCUUUUUCCAAGUGGAAUAACUGGAAGAUCACGUCCACUUCAGAAGCUCUAGCCAUCCUGUAUGCUGGAGUGAUUGGUUCUGCUCUCGUGUCUUCGAUUCAGUCAUGGGGAGUCCUUACACAGGGACCGGUGAUCGUUGCCGCGUACCAGCCACUGGAAACGAUUUUCACAGCUCUCUUCAGCAUGGUGUUCCUCAAGGAAGACCUGCAGCUGGGAAGCAUCAUAGGGGGGAGCGUUGUCAUCGUCGGCUUGUACGCACUGAUUUGGGGGCAGAGCCAGGAGCAGCUCUUGGAUGAAGCAGCAGCACAUCAACUCCCGGAAACAGUGCUCGGCCUAAACAUCAUUCCACAGUCACUCUUGCAGUAUCCACUUCGUAGGUUCUCGUGCGACCUUGAGACGAGGAGAGACGAGCAUCGAGCCGAUGACGCACAAGCAGUUCAUAGGAGGCAUUCGCUCGCAGCUCUCACCAACGACAAUGCAGGAGCCCAAGGACCUCUUCGCCGAAUGUCGUCAACGUUUCGGAGCCUUCUAAGGGAAUUUGAAAGAGGUCCAAACCCGAACGAUCUAGAGAAUCAGCAGCUGCUACGUGAAACCACAGACUCAGCCUCAGUAGUAGAUACACAAACUCAAAGAGUCACCUUGUAACACUCGUAGCUGGUGUUGCAUGCAAAGAAGUUCCAUAUAUUACAUAGACACACGUACAAAACUAGGCACUCGCUUCAUCUGUAGAAAAGCAUCCAGAAACAAAGAGUGGCAACUAAGAGACU